AUGUUGUCCAACGUUGGCCGCGCAGCUAUCAAAAGAAUCGGCGGAUCUAACUUAUCAACAAAUCGACUUCUUGCUACCGUUUGCCAGUUACAACGCGUUGAUGGUCAACACAAUGUCGAAUCUACCUUGAAAGCUUCCUCAGCUUCUUUCUUGGCGCGCCGAUUGUAUGCUACUGCGACUAAAGCUACCCAAACCAAAACUGUCAUAGAAAAGAAGCCAGUUGCGAAAAAGGCGCCUGCGAAGAAAUCUACCACUGAUGCUAAGCCUGUCGUCAAAAAGUCUACCAAAACGACCGCCAAAAAAACUGCGAAGCCAGUCAAAAAGACACCAGCAAAGAAAACAGUUGCGAAGAAGCCAGGACCAAAGCCCAAGAAGCAAUUGACCGACUCGCAAAAGUUAAAGUUGAAGUUGAAGGAACUGAAGGCUAUUGCGUUCCUUAAAGAAGCUCCAAAACAAAUUCCCGAUACUACCUAUAGCGUAUUGUUUAUAGAUCUAGUUAAGAAAGGAACUCCUGUCAUUGAUGCGGCCAAGGAGGCAUCAGAGAAAUACAAAUCGGCAUCGACAGCAGAAUUAGAGCGACUUGAACAAAUUGCGAAGGAGAACAAGGCUGUCAAUUCACGCAACUACAAGAAUUGGGUUGAGAGUCACACUCCAACGGAGAUUCGCGCGGCGAAUUACGCACGUCAUCACAUUCGAAGAUUGACCAACAGACCUGGUAGCCCUAGAAUCAUUAAAGAUGAUCGACUGGUAAAGAAUGUUACCUCAUCUUUGUUCUUAUUCAUGAAAGAGAGAUAUGCUUCUGGUGAAUUUGCUAGUCUCAGUAUUCCUGAAUCCUCAAAGCGGAUUGCACAAGAGUACAAGUCCUUGUCGCCUGAGCAACGCAAGCCUUUUGAAGAUGCCGCUUUAGCAGAUCAUGAGCGAUACGUCCAAGAGUACAGAACAGUUUACGGAGAGGAACCCAAGGUAGCUCUCAAGGCUCAAGCUCGAGCAUAG